AUGGCAAAAGAUUGUUGGUCCAAGAAAAGGUUCGUUCAAAGCAACACGGCUACUUCCAAUUCUAAAGAGAAUAGCGAAGAUGAUUGGGAUGCUGAAGCUUUGAUGGCCUACGAAGAUAACAAAUCCGCGGUCCUCAGCGACGUCGAGGGCGACGAUGAUCCCCUCCCUAUUGUCCUCCCUUCUUCCUCUGCCAGUUCUUCCUCGGCCUCGGAGCAGCGCAUCCGCGACCUCCUCGCCGAGCUCGAGAAGGAACGCAGCGCCAGGAAGGCCGUCGAGGGCACCUUCAGCCGUCUCAAGUCCAUGGCUCAUGACGCAAUCCGUCAGUGCGAUGAUGCGCUCCGCGAAAGGGACGAGGCCGUCAGGAGGCGCGACGAGGCCCUCCGCGAAAGGGACGAGGCAUCGCGAUCCGCCGAACGCACCGCAGCGGAGCUCGCCGAUGCGAUCCGACUCAGAGACGAGUCCAUGAAGCACAAGGACUCGCUACGGUCCGAGAUGGAGACUGCCGCGCAGAUGCUCCUUUCCGGCAUCGGCAAGAUCUCCAGCAAGGUCAGCGGGUACAAGAACUUCUCCGCCUCCGGUGGUCUACCGACUUCCCAGAAGUACACCGGUCUUCCCUCCGUGGCCUAUGGCGUUAUCAAGCGAGCGCAUGAGAUCUCCGAGGAGCUUAUGAAGCAGAUUGACGCCGCCUCGAAGGCUAGGGAUCAAUCCAGGGAACAGGUUGAGCAACGGAAUUACGAAAUCGCAAUUGAAAUUUCGCAGCUUGAGGCUGCAAUUGUGACUCUCAAAGAAGAAGUCUCCAAGAAGAGCUCGGAGCUGCAAAACCUGGAGCAUGUAGCCGCUGAGAGGGGGACACGGAUCUUAGAGAUCAAGAGUGAGAUGUCCAGACUGACACAGCUAGGUGAGUAUCGUGAUGCCAAAAUCAAGAAUUUGGAAAUGAAAUUAGAAUCGCAGAGACCGUUGAUCAUCGACCAGUUAAAUCACACAUCAAAGGCCUAUGAACAGAUUUGUGAGAUUGUUAAGAGUGUUGUUAAGAAUGAUAAUGAUUCUAUGGAAUCAAAUUUCAGAAUGUGUGCACAUGAAGGAAAAAGCUUAGAAGAUACAACUAUGUAUCAAAAAUUGGAGAUCAUGACACCAGAAGGUCAACAACUGGUUACUUAUUUAAGCUUGGUUCUGGAGCAAUUUCUUGGUGCAGCAAGAGACAACCAACUGUAUCAUUAUCAAGCAUUGAAGCUGAGUAUCGAGCAGCAGCAAUGGCAGCUCAAGAAAGCACAUGGUUGA